CCAGAGCACGUGACAAUGCGUUUCUUGACUAUAUAUCUCAACUGCAGCAGCAGACUUGUCAGAGCGCUGACCGCACAGAGGAGGAACGCUCUUGGACUCGGCGAUUUAGGAAAUCGGGACUUUGCACAGAUUUGCCAGCCUUUGGUAAGUUAUGCUUCAAUGCUGAAGAUGGAGCCUCUGAACAGCACCCACCCCAGCACCGCAGCCUCCAGCAGCCCCCUCGAGUCCCACGUGCCCGCCAGUGGCAGUGGCAACGGCAAUGAAUACUUCUACGUUCUGGUUGUCAUGUCCUUCUAUGGCAUUUUCUUGAUUGGGAUCAUGCUGGGCUACAUGAAAUCCAAGAGGCGCGAGAAGAAGUCCAGCCUCCUGCUGCUUUACAAAGACGAGGAGAGGCUCUGGGGGGAGGCCAUGAAGCCGCUGCCCAUGGUGUCGGGCCUGAGGUCGGUGCAGGUGCCCAUGAUGUUGAACGUGCUGCAGGAGAGCGUGGCGCCCGCUCUGUCCUGCGCCCUCUGCUCCAUCGAGGGAGACAGCGUGAGCUCCGAGUCCUCCUCGCCGGACGUGCACCUCACCAUCCAGGAGGAGGGGGCGGACGACGAGCUGGGGGAGACUUCGGAGACACCUCUCAAUGAAAGCAGCGAGGGCUCCUCCGAGAACAUCCAUCAGAAUUCCUAGCACCCCCAGGGCCUCUGGAGGUGGCCCCGUCAGCCAGCACCCUUAGAGAGAGGAAGGACACUCUUCGUGUCUGGUUUCACUUGUGCAGUGCAGCUGUCGCUUUGAAGAGACCCUUGGCAAGCCCCUGGAUGGGAGGUGGUGGGGCGCCAGGCUCAGCUGGAGCCGGUUGCCGCCAGGAGUCCACGACCUGCCUGUGGUGUGGACCCACCACUAAAACAGCCCCGAAGGUGUGCAGUGUGUACAUUGACUUUGGGGCCUGGGGGUCGGGGUUCCUGUGCAGAAUUUGGCAGGUCGAUGUGCUCGCUGGUGUUUCCUCACUGGAUGCCCUGGGUACCUCCUGCCGCAUCUGCCCGCUCCCAGGGCUGCCAAAUGCCUAGGACACGCGGAGGGACUAGUUUUGAUUUGCUAAGUUGCCUAGAACCUUGUUCUUCUAGAUCUUAUUGGCUGUAAGUACCUCUACUGUGUACCUGGGGCAUUAGUUCACAGCGGGUUACAGAGAUUUUUUAAAUAA